UUUUAUAGCUUCGAAAAUCGCAAUGGCAUUUCAAAUUAACGUUACAAAAUCAGUUCUCACAAAGAAACAAUGAUUUUCUCGUGAAUCCUUUUUCCUCACAAUAAUCUCGCUUCGCUUUUCAGCAAUGGAGUUUUCAGGAAAAUCCAAGGUGCUGUUGGGGAAGUUCAUCUCGGCAAUAUUUUUAUGGGAAUUACUGAGAUCAAACGUAGUAGAAUGUGGAGCUGUGGGGCUUCCGACGAAUAGCAUCACGUUUUCGGCGCUAAAUUGUCGCAAACACAGCGCGGUUUUGACGGAUUUUGGCGGGAUCGGCGAUGGAAAAACUUCCAACACGAAGGCGUUCAAAGCUGCGAUUACGAAUCUUAGCCAUGUUGCGGCGGACGGUGGCGCACAGCUCAUUGUGCCGCCAGGGAAGUGGCUAACUGGGAGCUUUAAUCUCACCAGCCAUUUCACGCUUUUUGUCCAUAAAGAUGCUGUUAUUCUUGGAUCUCAGGAUGAAUCAGAAUGGCCUCCUGUUGCUCUUCUGCCAUCAUACGGGCUGGGAAGAGAUGCCCCUGGUGGAAGGCUCAGCAGUCUUAUUUUCGGCACCAACCUCACAGAUGUUGUCAUUACAGGUAAUAACGGCACCAUCGACGGCCAAGGUGCAUACUGGUGGAAGCAGUUCAAGGAGAGCAAAAUGACUGUAACCAGACCCUACAUGAUUGAAAUUAUGUAUUCGAAACAGGUUCAGAUAUCGAAUCUAACGUUGGUUAACUCGCCGUCAUGGAAUGUUCAUCCUGUAUACAGCAGUGAUAUAAUCAUCCAACACUUGACUGUUCUUGCACCGGUUGAUUCUCCUAAUACAGAUGGAAUAGACCCAGAUUCAUGUACGAACACUCGAAUCGAAGACAGUUUUGUUGUCUCCGGAGACGACUGCAUUGCCGUUAAAAGCGGAUGGGAUGAAUACGGUAUCAAAUUCAACAUGCCAACCAAGCAACUCGUGAUCAGAAGGUUCACCUGCAUUUCCCCUAGCAGCGCCGCCAUUGCUCUCGGGAGCGAGAUGUCCGGUGGGAUCAAAGACGUAAGAGCCGAAGACAUUACAGCGAUCAAUACAGAAUCCGGUGUGAGGAUCAAAACUGGAGUGGGAAGAGGAGCUUACGUCAAAAGCAUUUACGUCAGAAACAUGACAUUGAAUACAAUGAAGUACGUGUUCUGGAUGACGGGUGAUUAUGGAUCGCAUCCAGGUGACAAGUUCGAUCCGAAUGCUUUCCCCGUAAUCAAAGGAAUCAAUUACAGGGACAUUGUGGCAGAUAAUGUCACACGGUCGGCACAACUGGAUGGAAUCGGAAGACAUCCUUUCACCGAUAUUUGCAUUUCCAAUGUCGACAUCAAACUGACCGCAAAACCAAAAGAAGUGCAAUGGAACUGCACCGAGGUUCAGGGAGUUACCAACCGUGUGAGCCCCGCACCAUGUGGUUUGUUGCCUCGAAAGGAAAUCGAGUGUCCCUUCCCUAAGGACAGGCUGCCCAUCGAAGAUGUCGAGUUGAAGACUUGUUCUAUCAGCGGCAACUUCUAAUAACCAUUUAAUUUACUUUAUCCUUGCUGCUUAUAAUGGAGACCUAAUAUGUUAUAUAUAUAUAUAUAUAUUAUACAGGUAUGGUGUAAAAGACUGUUCGGACGAGUGUUUAAAUGUGUGGAAUUCGAAUAUAUAUAUAUAUUCGUAUGUUAAAAAGAAUCAUAUUUU